AUGUUAAGAACUAAUAUUUAGGACUUAUCUACUCUCCUCAAGGAAAAAGAAACUAGAUACACCUUCCGUAAACUUGAAAGAAAGGACGUUUAUAAUGCAUAAAGACUUAUGAUAAACGCGUUUCUUUCUCAUAAUCCAGUUAUAUAAUUACUAUAGGCGACAGAAGAAGACAUUAAAGUUUUACAAUCAAUAGACAUUUUUGAUCGAAUUAUACAAGAAAAUCUGUCAUAUGGGGCUUUUGAAGGAGACAAUCUAGUUUCUGCAUGUUUAACUUGUGAUUUAAAAACAGAUAUGUAGGAUGAAGGUGUGUAGCCAACUCCUGUGGCUACAGAAAUUAUUGGGAUUAUUGAUAUUUUAUUAGGUAAGUAUGUAGCAUCAAAAGAGAGAGAUUAUAAGGAGGUAGCUUAUCUAAACCAUUUGGGAACUCAUUCAAAUUAUUUAAGGUAAUCCUUAGCUGUUGUGUGUGCCUAUCUGUCUAUUGAAGAAUGUAGAAGGCAAGGAUUUAAAUAGCUUCUAACAGAAUCUUGGCAUCAGGGAACUUAUAGCACCUUUAGUAAAAUAUUUAACAACUUUGAAGUAAUCAAAGAAAUUCAUGAAAUUAAAUAAUCAGAAGUGAAACUUAUCUCAUUGGUUGGAUAAUUGAAUUGA